AUGAAGAAGGUGGAAAGACCUCGGCCAUUGCAGAACCUAGCUGGACUAGACCAGUCCCGAUACUGUGCAUUCCAUGACGGGCCGGGUCACACCACAGAUGAGUGUUGGGACCUCAAAGACGCCAUCGAAAGAGUGGAAGGUCGGGGUAAGAAGCCGGCUAGGGAAGACGACGAGUUCCAGGAGCUGAAAUUCGAGUGUAAUGUGAUCAGCGGAGCUUUCGGUGGCGGGGGAGACACUAUGAACGCCCGACAAAAAUACUUGAGGGAGGUACUCUCAAUAAGGGAAUGCCCCAAGUUUAAAGAAGAAGAAACAGAGCCACCGUUGUUAUAUUUCACAAAGAAAGAGCUGGAGGAUGUGAUGCCAGGGCAUGUCGAUGGCUUGGUAAUUACAGGAACGCUGGUCAAUUGCAGAGUUAAGAAGAUUUUUCUAGAUAAUGGAAGCUGCGCUGACAUAAUUCUAUGGCACACAUUCUAA